GAGCAUCCUGGCCACAACUACUCUUGGACUUGCAAGUUUCCCAGGAGACAGUUUCAUCCUCUCCCUUCCUGUAAUUGUCAGAUGAUGCCCAGAGGUGUGACCCUGGAUAGAGACUAGGAAACCUCAAGAGAAGUGGAUACAACUUUUAAUGGCUCUGGGAUUUAGUGGCCACUCACCUCUUCUAAUGCAUGAUCAAUAUUCUCCCUGCAGUCCAUAAGAUUACAGUUUCCAGUGUGAUCUUAGCCUCAGGCCCUUGAUCAAGGGCAAUCUCUAAGAUAAAAUCCUCCUACAAUGCUAGCCAAUGCCCCAUAUGGGGCUCUCCUUUUUUUGGGUGUCUGACUUCUAGCAGGCAUGUGGUUGUGUACUUUCCUUUUUGCUCUAUUUGGCUGUCUCUCAGAGUCUGCCUUUUUUGGACCAAGAGCCUGGAUAUUGCCAAGGAAGGGUCCUCACUUUGACCGUCCUGGAGAUGUAAUCAUUGGGGGCAGCUUCUGCAUCUUUCGCUUCUCUGAUGGUACCCUGUCUAAUUUCACUGCCCCACCAACUGGGCUGCAGGCUUCAAGUGUCUCCGAGUGGGGCUACCGGGUGAUGCAGAGUUUUGUCUUUGCCAUUGAGGAGAUUAAUAAAAGUGCUGAAUUGUUGUCAAAUUUGACACUGGGCUUCUCCAUUCGAAACUCUGGGGACUCAGUGCAUGGAGCCCUCUAUGAGAUGAUGGGUUUUCUAACAGGGCAAGAUGAACCCAUCCCCAAUUACACAUGCCAGUAUGGCUCUGCUCAGGCUGCCUUGGUUGGUGACACACGGUCAUCCCUGUCUGUAUCCAUGGCCAGACUUCUGGGGCUGUACAAGUUUCCCCAGAUCAGUUAUUCAUCUUCCCUACCUAGCCUGAGUGACAAGAUCCAGUUUCCAUCCUUCCUUCGGACACUGCCUAGUGAUCUCACAUCCUGUCAUGCAGUUACUCAGCUGAUAAUUCACUUUCAGUGGUCCUGGGUGAUCAUUCUUUCCCAAGAUGAUGACUUUGGAGAGCAGGCCAGUUCUCUGGCCACUCAGCAGCUGAGUGCAGCUGGUGUGUGCAUUGAGUUUCACCUCCAUGUCCCUUCCCAAGAGUCCUUGGGGAAGAUUGAGGAGACUGUCCAGAAGAUGCAGAAAUGUACAGCUAGAGUUGUUCUGGUUUUCUUAAACAACUCAAAUUUCCAGCUCAUCUUGUCUGGCUUACUGGCUGCCUCUGUCUCAGGACAGGUAUGGGUCAGCAACGGCAUUCUGCACAUAGCAAUGGCUCUAAGCAUUCCAGGCAUUUCCCAGGUCUUGCAAGGCACACUUGGGCUUCUUUAUGACUGCAGCAGGGCCAUUGGCUUCCCUGAUUUCCUUGCUCACUUGCGUCCCAGCCAGACCCCAGAAGACAUGUUUAUAAAGAAGUUCUGGGAAUCUACAUUUGAUUGUACAUGGCCCUACCAGAACAGCACAGUGACAGAGGGUGUUCAGGUCUGCUCAGGCAAUGAGAGUCUGAAGAACAAGCCACAUUCUUUCCCAGAAGUGAGUAAAAUUGAUGAUGCUUACACAGCUGUCUACAGCAUUGCCCAUGCCCUGCAUGAUAUGAUAGCCAGUGCGCACCAGGAUGGGAUAGAUACAAACCCCCAGGACUUCCAUCACUGGCAGCUGCUCCAUGCCCUCAAAAAAGUACACUUCAAGACUCUUGAUGGAACCAAGAUUAUGUUUGAUGUCAAUGGAGAUUUGGUGACAAAAUUUGAUAUUUUACAAGGGCAGAAGACCCCCACAGGUGUAUUCCACUGGGUCCACGUAGGCAUGAUAGACCCUCAAGUCUCUUCAGGGAACAAAAUGAUGGUCCAGUUGAAGGAGGAUCUCCAAGUGGGUGCCCUGAAUGCAGAAAUAACUGUGCCCACCUCCAUCUGCAGUGAAAGCUGCCUUCCAGGGUUUAGCCAAGUGCCCAGACUGGGAGCCCCCCACUGCUGUUUUGAUUGCAGUCCAUGCCCUGAAGGACAGUUUGCAGACCAAAGAGACAUGAAGAGAUGUCUUCUGUGUCCCAAGGAGCAGUACUCGAGCCAUACCAGAGACCAUUGCCUCCCCAGGACAGAGAUCUUCCUGGCCUUUGAGGAACCAUUGGGAUUCAUAUUGACUUUGAUGGCAAUCUUGCUGGCUGGUCUGGCUCUCCUGGUACUUGGAGUUUUCCUGAAGCAUCGAGACAUACCUGUGGUCAGGGCCAACAACAGAACUCUCAGCUACUUCCUCCUGAUCUCUCUUUCCCUCUGUUCCCUAUGUUCCUUGCUUUUCCUUGGGAGACCCACUGUCACCACCUGUCUCCUCCGUCAGACCACGUUUGCUGUGGUGUUCACAGUGGCUGUCUCCUCUGUUCUGGCCAAGACUCUCACAGUAGUCCUGGCCUUCAGAGUCACCAAGCCAGGAAGCAGGAUCCAGGUAUGCCUGAGCCCUGGUGCUUCAACCUCAGUCAUCCUUAUUGCUUCCUUAAUACAGGCUGUUCUUUGUGGAGUGUGGUUGGCUACCUCCCCACCAUUCCCAGAGAGGGAUAUGAUAUCAGAGCCCCGGCACAUUGUGAUCCAGUGCCAGGAAGGUUCUGGUGCCACCUUCUUCUGUGUGCUGGGCUUCUUAGGUUUCCUGGCAGGGGGUACUUUCUCUGUGGCUUUUCUGGCGAGGGCCCUACCCGAUGUCUUCAAUGAGACCAAGUUCCUCACCUUCAGCAUGCUGCUCUUCUGCAGUGUCUGGACAGCUUUCCUGCCCCUGUACCACAGUGCCCGGGGAAAGUCCACUGUGGCGGUAGAGAUCUUCUCCAUCCUGGCCUCCACUGCCGGACUUUUGGGUGGCAUCUUCAUCCCCAAAUGCUACAUCAUCUUGUUGAAACCAGAAAAGAAUACCCCUGCCUGGCUAAGGCAAGGCCACUGUGCACAUCAAGACAGGCAGUUUUCGAUGCUCCAUAGAAGGUGAUAGUUCUCUGGGGUGUAACCAAGAGCAAGUGGUUGAAUUUGACUCAUUGUUUCUUUGUGGAUCAAAAUGUAUUUAAAAGAUAGAUCAAGAUUCAAGUAAGGUACUUAUAACAAAACACAAAUGACAAUUAAGCUUAGAGUAGACAUAUAGUCACUGAAUAUUCUGUCAAUAUGUAUUACUGAAAGUGAUCACAAUGUGGAAACUUGAAAGGGGAGCACAGAAGAUUGCACAAUGGAUUAAAAUCUUUGCUAGCAAGUAUGCCAACUUGAGUGUGACACUCAGGACCCACAUGAUGGAUGUAGUGAAGGACAUUACUAAUUUGUGCUUUGACCUCUCCUUGAUAAUCACAUAACAUCUGUCACAUCCAUAUACACAAAGUAUCAGUGUGAAGGUGGGAAAAAGUGUCAUGAGGUGAUGAUGAUGAUGAUGAUGAUGAUGAUGAUGUCAAGGGUUGCUGAGUAACUGUGAAACUGAGAGGCAGAUCGUUGAUCUGUCUUUUUUGUUUUGAGAGGAGCAGUAGUGGGAAUUCAACCUUUCAUUGACAAUUCCUUUAUAGACUUGCCAUUUGAUUGAUCAAUGUCGCUCUUAAAUAAAUAUCCAAGAAAUAUAAACUAUGUCUGUAAUGAAUGUAAAUGAAUUUUCAGAGAAUCAUUUUUCAUAUACUAAAAGAAUCUGUAUGUUUAUGAGUUGACAAAUGUUUCGUAUUGCUUACUCAAUGACUAGGACCAUUUUUGUAAAUAAGAAUUAAAUGUAAGCAGGAGUAUACUUUUUAAUAUAUAGUUUACCAUUCAGAAUUUUAUAGUCAUUUAAGGAAGACAAUCAAAAUAAUAUAUUUUAAUAUUCCAUUUAAUGAAAUAUUCUAUAGAAGCAAUCUCAUAGCAACACACAUUAGACUAAUGGUUUCUUGAGUUUUGUUGAGGGGAGAUUAGUAAGGGUGCAGUAUUUCUCUGUGGAGUGAUGAAGUUCUAACAGCUGAUUCUGUGGGAGUGAAGAGAUAGCCUAGUGUUUCAGAGUACUUUCUACUCUUUCAGAGGACCCCAGUUUUGUUGCUAGGAUCGAUGUCAGGCAGUUUAUAUCCACCUGUAAUUCCAGCUCCAGGGAUCUAACAGCUCUGACCUCUAUGUUCACAUGCAAUUCUGUGCUCAUGCUGCCUACCACAUAUUGUCAAAAAUAAAAAAAAGUAAUAACGAGUAUAAGACAACCCAAAUAU